AUGGCACCCACAGCUCAUCCGCCAACUCAAGGUGGCAUGUUCCACACAUUCCAAGGAGUCACCCCUCGCAAGACUUUGACUGAAGCCAGCGAUGGCGGCAAGUCAAAUUCCAACAGCGGCAACAAGAGAAUCACAACACCACAUGCAUGUGCUGAAUGCAAGAGACGCAAAAUCCGCUGUGACGGUCAACAGCCCUGCGGCCAAUGCCUUUCGAGCCGCGCUCCCAAGAGAUGUUUCUACGAUAAGCAUCGCCAGAGGGUCAUCCCCUCGAGGAAGACCUUGGAGGCUUUAUCGCAGCAAUUAGAAGAAUGCCGAUCCGUCCUCAAGCGACUUUAUCCCGAACACGAUGUGCCGACCCUCCUAUCGCUUUCCCGCCAAGAGCUGGUGGACAUCAUCCACCGAAGGGACGCCAACACACCAGAAUCACUGCUCUCACCGUCAUCCCAGGGCUCGCCCAUCAAGCAAGACUUCGAUUCCUGCCAUGGGUCAGAUGUCAGCUUCACCAGCUUCGAACAGAUGCCAAGCCUGGAUGCGGAAUGGGACGACGAAGGACGGCGCCAGGAGUCUAUGCCCUCAGAAACCGAUGCCUUGAACGCAGGGAGCCUGGUGGGCGAUCGCCAGACCUCGUACCUCGGAGCUUCAUCAAUCAAAGCGGCCUUGAUGGUCAUGCUCAAAGCUCAGCCUCAGCUCAGGCACUCGCUCACUCCGCCGCUCAACAACGUCGAGAUGACGAGCAAUCUUCCAGUCAUUCGACAACGGUCCAUUGUGCCGAAGGACACGUCACGCAUUCCUUGGUCAUGGAAGGGCCAGACGCUGAUCGACGCGUAUUUUAAGCGCGUGCACGUCUUCAUUCCCAUGCUGGAAGAGGGUACUUUCCGCUCGGACUACCUGGAGGGUCAGCGAUGCGAUGCCCCUUGGCUAGCGCUGCUCAACAUGGUGUUUGCCAUGGGCAGCAUUGUCGCCAUGAAGUCGGAUGACUUCACCCACAUCGACUACUACAACCGAGCCAUGGAGCAUAUCACCAUUGAUGCUUUUGGCAGCAAUCACAUUGAAACCGUGCAAUCUUUGGCCAUUAUUGGUGGCUACUAUCUUCACUACAUCAACAGGCCCAACAUGGCCAACGCCAUGAUUGGCGCGGCUGUUAGGAUGGCUAGCGCUCUGGGCUUGCAUCGAGAAUCACUUGCGCAGGGAACGACAAGCGACGGAGCCUCGGCCGAGACACGGCGGCGCACGUGGUGGUCGGUCUUUUGCCUCGAUACUUGGGCCACCACAACGACGGGCCGCCCGUCUUUUGGGCGGUUUGGUCCAGCUAUCAACAUCAAUGCCCCUGGAUUCGGGAUGGAUCAGGCCCACGACUCGGCGCAGCAUGCCGGCAUUUUGCCCCUUGUGGAGAAUGUCAAGUUUUGCAAAAUCGCCACACAGAUCCAGGAUCUGCUGGCCAUCACUCCUCUCGUCCGAGCGGAAGACCGAAGCAGCAUGGACGGCCAGCUGGUGAACUGGUACGGCAGUCUACCCUGGCUGCUGCGCACCUCGGAUCCUUGCGCAGAACCGCUCUACAUUGCCCGGUGCAUUAUGAAGUGGAGAUACCAAAACCUCCGCAUGCUAUUGCAUCGUCCAAUCCUCCUCACAGUGGCCAGUGGCAGCUCCCAGCCUUCCGAUAAGGACUGUGUCGCCGUGGAGACGUGUCGGGAGAUGGCCAAAGCCACCAUUGGAGAUAUCUCCCGCGAAUGGACUCGGAAUCAGAUGUCAGGAUGGAACGCGGUCUGGUUCCUCUACCAGGCGGCCAUGAUACCCCUGGUGAGCUUGUUCUGGGAGUGCGGCAGCUCACAAGUUUCCGAGUGGCAAGAGCAGGUUGAGACUGUUCUCGAACUGCUAGAGGCUAUGGAAGACUGGUCCAUGGCCGCUCGCCGCUGCCGAGAAGUCGUAUGGCGCAUGUACGAGUCCAGUCGUCAAACAGCGUCGACGCCCAAGCAGGACAAUGCUCGGGCUCCCGCUUUGCACAUCUUGACCGACCAGGGACUAGUCAUGAACGACAGGGAUUUCCACUUGUCGCCAAUCGGCCUGGAGUCGGGGGACAUGAUGGGCUUGAUGGAGCAACAGGGUCUUUGGGACCUUGACGGGAUGUGCUGGGCACAGAACCAGGGCCCACUAGCCACCGACGGCGGGAUGUGCGACCUCAACGAAAGCAUGGUGGGUAUGGACUAUACAGCCAUGGGCAACGCAGACCACAUGAUGGACCCUGCGUUCUUCGUGCAGUGA